AUGAAGAAGACCUUCCAAGUGCUCGGGAUUGUUCCCUCCAGCAAGUCGACCCGCCGACUGAUGGUCCUGAUGCACGACGCCUCAACCCCGCCUUCGCAGGCGCCAGCGCUCGCACGAGCCGCCCAAAGAGCGGUGCGAAACGACGCAGCCCCGGCCUCCAAUGUGAUUCGAGUCAUUAUGGAUGGUCCUGGAUCACCCAGAGGUCCUGUACAGACCGCGCUGCGCAAGCACUUUGGAUUGGCCGAGACGCCGUUCAUGUUCGCGCGGCCCGAGGGCAUCGUGCUUGACCCCGAGGUCGAGAAGCUUUUCUCGAAAUGCGUGAAGCUGAACCCGAUUGUGACGAAAGCCACGAAGAGGUUCCCGAUCGCUCGUCACAUGUACGAGCUUGUAUUCGAAUCCGAGCAAGCUUGUCUUGAAGCCGCUUCAGCGGGCCCAUUCCCCUACCACGGCAAGGAGAUGGUUACCGAGCUCCCCAGCGCCUCUCCCCUUAACCACGUCGUGCAGGUGCGAUUCACCUUGCCCUCCUCCUCCAGCGCGAUCCCCGCUUCCGUGCUCCGAAAAUCUCUCGAUGAUGCUAUCACCCUUUCGUUCGGCCGCGCAGGUCGCACACAAGGUUAUACCCUGAUGCAAUUACAGCAGGGCCUCGCGGUCGAUCCGAAUGGCGAUCCAAUGGCCAUGACCGAAGACGGGUUCCACUGCGCGUACCUUCGCUUACAUGCUGAUCUUUUCCAAGGCUCCAUCGAGACGCAGAAGGGUGCGCUCAACGCCGCUUUGCCACAAGAGAUCGAGAUCCUGGGCGCCAAGUACGGCUUGCGACACGAAUUCGAGACGCACUACUGCGCGGUGUGCGAUCGCGCCGGACUGUUGAACUUCGCUCCAUCUCACUUCUAGGACAAUAUGCGCUCACUGAAGUAGAGGUGUCUCGCCUUUUGGUGCAGUGGUAUAUUGUUCCUUCAUAGGUUAUGAGCCCAGAGCAACCAGCAGGUCAUGAGUUCAAUCCCCCCUGGGGUCAGGCAAUUUUGCGCGCAUACACUCAGCGUCCCGGCCCCCGCACUUGCCCAGCGGCGUGCCAAGCACCCUGGCGCAUCGACAGUGCUCACAGUGCCCAAGCUGCACUUGCCCAAGCGACCUGAUCAACAUGCCCAGUUGCCUCACAAGCCGCACCCACUGCCACAAGCUCUUCAGCUUCGCGCACAGGGGGGUGUUGAACUUCGCUCCAUCUCACUUCUAGGACAAUAUGCGCUCACUGAAGUAGAGGUGUCUCGCCUUUUGGUGCAGUGGUAUAUUGUUCCUUCAUACGGACACCAGUGGGGCGCUUGCAGGAAGCCGGUUUCGACUCCGGCCACCGCCGCCCCUGUUCCGGGGGCCUCGACCUCGACUUCGACUUCGACCACCGGCUUCCGAGUUGCUGGAAAGAAUGGGAAGCACGGUGGGCCUGCCGCAUUGAACUCUCGUGUCUCUGGCGCGAACAUGAUCCAGCUGGGACCUCGUGCUAACCCCGCAGGUGCAGUAACUGCCAACAAGGACGACGCGAACGACGGCGACGACGAGUCGAUCGUUUUGACCGAACCGGAGGGCGGCGACACUGGGGAAGAGACGUCGACGCGUGCGACCCUGGGCUCAACAAAGGAGACGCAGACGACGACGGCGGCGCCCGUUUCGACCCCGACCUCUCCUUUGCCUUUGUCCGGUGGCACGUCGGGAUCAUCGGCAACCUCGACAACCUCGAUAGCCUCGACGAGUCCUCAACGCCUUCGUUCGAGCUCGGCACCCGGCAACCGACGUGUCACCCGGGCGGGAUCCGCCAUGAUCCUCGGUGCAUCAGGGGGUGAUGGCUCAGGGGGUCACAGGUCCGAGGUGACCGAAUUCGAGGGGGGCGGCGCUGAACUGAUUUAAUCAUGAUUGAGUCACUCACCGUGUUGACGUUCAACGUCCGAUCGAUGAAGAACGCAGUCAACCAAGUCAAAAUCAUCCAUUAUCUCAAAACCCUUCGGCCGGCCCCUGCGGCCAUCUUCCUGCAAGAGCACCACCUCAGCUACAACGCGUCGCGCGAAGGCUUCAAGAGUGCUUGGCCGGGGGCUUGUAUUCGUUUCACUCCUCAUGUCCUUACCCUCAUACCCGAUGGCUCACCUUUGGCGGGCCAUCUCCUUUCCUCUACCCCGGUCGUCUUUGCAGGAGCUCCUCGUUUCGACGGUCGGAUUCUGCGCUCGGUGUUUCGUCUUGAGGAGCUCGAUGUCGAGAUCAUCAACAUGUAUGCGCCGGUGCAGGAGGAUGAUCGUCGCGACUUUUUCGGGCUUCUGCACUUCAACGCCCCGAGACCCAAGACUCUUCGGAUCUUGGCCGGCGAUCUCAACAAUUGUCCGGAUGUAUCUGUCAGGAUGACAGUGUGUACUCGAAGGAAGCCCCCCAAGGCUAUGUGCGGGUAG